AACCAACAAUGAGGAGUAUUAUUUUGGUGUUGGCACUCGCUUUGGCGGCUGUCUCAGCCCUGCAACUGGAGGCGCCGAUUGAGCAGGAUGUUUCCCUGCAGGAGCUGACCAAGAAGCUGGGUCUCGAACUGAACCUAGACUUCGAUUUGAAUCUGGGCUUCAACCUGGAGGAGGAGCUGUCCGAGGAGGGCAACGUGGACGUGGACGAGUUCUCCUUCCUGAACAGCAUAGUGCGCCUGCUCAUCGCCGAAUCGAAGGCUCUGGCCAAGGACAUCAUCCUGCUGACGGAGCGCCAGCUGCUGAAGAUCUUCCUGUGGCCGAUUAGGGAGCUGGAGAAGCUGGCGGACGACAUCGAGCAGCGGGCAUUGGAUGUGGGCGAUUGUGCUGUCAAUGUGACCACCAGUUCCGCCGAAUUGGUGGCGUCCACCACUUUGGACUUCCUGGGCUGCGCACGCAAUGCCGCCCUCACGUCGAUCAAUCUGGUGCUGGACACCAAGAAGGCGGUACUCCAACUGACCGUCGACGGCUAUCAGCUGUACCAACUGAGGAAGGAAUGCCAGGGCUACAAGGACAACAGCAUCCGCAAGAAGACAUGCAAGACCAAGCUCAGCGUCAAGAGCUUGCUGUACAUCGCCAAUGGACAGGCUUCGCUGCGCCACCUAAUCAGGCUCCGCAAGAGCGUUCCCGCCGUGGCCACCGAUGCGACCAGCUGCACCACCAAGUCCACGGAGAACGCCAUCCGCGUAUUCGAUGAGCUCAACGCCGCCAUCGAUGCCUGUGCCGCCAUUUUUUAAGUGAAGAAAAUUGACAUUGCCAAUUGAUUAUUGAUUAAAAUGUGAAAUGCAUGCAACUUGGUUUUGUUUUGGUUUUUGAGUUAUUACUUUUAUUUAAAUUUGGUUUCAUUAUCGUUCAUCUUUUUUAAAUACAAUAAAUAAACAUUUAAACUAUUUAGUGGUAUGUAUAUAUAUGUAUAUAUAUAAAUCGUUUGUUUUUUUGUUAAAUAUUUUAAAUAAGUGUAUAUAUAUUGUAUUUCAUGGGGUCUUCGCCAUUUCCAUUCGUUCUUCGCUCAUCAACUCUUGCCUCGAUUACAUACAUACAUAAUUGUUCUCGUUCUUCGUAUUCCGCACCAAAACUUCUGCAUAUUCGGAAUUUUGGUUUUUAGUUUUUAAAGAAACUUGGUUUGUUUUGGUUUGGUUUGGUUUGGUUUGUUAUAUAAGUAAAUUGCUGUGUUCGGGCUUGCGGUCGUCAAAUGUCUCCUAUAUAUUUGUAUAUAUAAAUAUAUAUGUAUACAUAUAUAUGUAUAUAUAUACUAUAUAUUCACAUACAUAUCGUACUAUAUACCACACACACUUGCGUGUAAGUAAAAGUAGCUUGUUGCAUAAAUACUAAUGUAUAAAUUGUCGGUUUUUGGUUUCUAUUCUCUACUCAAGUAUGAUCCCACAUACAAAUACAACUAGGUUUUGCAUGUACUGGUAUAUCUGUAUAUGUAUAUGUGUAUGUGUGUGUGUGUGUGUGUUGGUGUGUUGUUGUGUGAGUGUCGGCUGUACAUAUGUAGAAUGUAUGUACCAUUAUCAAUAAUUAGUUAAACUGUAGCUAGUAUAUGUAUUUGCCAUAUGUUGCUCAACAACUUCUUGUACCUCCCACAUUUUACGAUUAUUUUAUUGGAGUUUUUCCUUUUCAUUUUCGAUUGCAGUUUUCUCGUGAUUUUCAAUUAUAUAUGUAUGUUUGUUGUUUUUUUUUUUUCUCAUUAGUCACAGAUGUUUUUAGGCGCGCUUGUAUGCUUUAAUGAAUUCAGCGUGUGUUGUAUAUUAUUAAUAAUUCAAUUUUAUAUGGUAGAAAAUAAAAUAUAAGUAAAAGGCAAUUUCUUAGUAUUUUUCAAUUUUUGUUUGUUUUUCUUCUGAAAAAAUUUGUGCUUAAUUUUGUAGAGAUUUUCUUUCAUUGCCCGCAUUCUAUUCGUUUAAAACAAAAAAAAUGUUAAGAUAUUUUUUAGUUUAGGUUUUCGUGUGUUUUUUUUUAUUUGUUUAAUUUUUAUAAUGUAUAAUAUUUAGUUCAAUAAAUUCGUUACGACACAUGGACUAAGACACAGCAAAAAAUAUUCAUGCUUAAUUUAGAUUCAGUUUGUGUGUUUUUUUUUUUUGUUUUUUCCUAUUUUUGUAUUUUUCGUAUCCAUCUCCCAUUUGAUUUGGUUUAGUUGGUAGAUCGUUUCGCGGUAUUAUGGUUUCAAUUGCAUACUAUUCUUCACUUUUCGCGUCCUAAAUGCGCUUGUAAAUAUUUGUCAAUAAUAAAUGAUGAAACAGCUUAAGAACUCGAGUUUUGUUUUUUUUUCAAUGUCUGUUAUUUUGUUUUGCGAAUUUUUGCAAGACACCUACCAGUAUGUACCUAGUUUACUGCCAGCUUCCAAAUUUGUUGUUAUUUUCGAAAUUCAUUGCUUUUUUGGGGCUAAACGUUCAACGGUUUUACGCUCACUGAUAACAUCCAAUUGGUAGUUGGUAAUCGUUAAUUGGUAAUCGGUAAUUGGUAAUUGGUAAUUGGUAAUUGGUAAUUGGUAAUUGGUAAUCGGUAUCGGUAAUUUAUAGAUAAUUUCGUAUGCUCCGUAUUCUCGUAUGCGGUAUUCGGUUUUGAUAUGUUCGCUUCAAAUGCGUGUCAUGAAAAUACAUUUGCUUUGCUGAUUCUGCAAUACAACUCCGUUUAAUAAAAAUAUACAGUAGAACCAGGCUACUACAUAAGUACAUAGUUAAUUUGUUAUCUAUAUGUAUGUCGUCUGUUGACUAAAUUGGGCAAAUACUUUUAUUUAUAUUUGAAUUUGUCAUUGGGCGUUGUGAUUCCGUAUUCGUUCGUUAGUGCAAAAACUUCAUUUUCGAAACUGCAUUUCAUCUUCGAUUUUCCAUAUCCAUUUUCUACCGUUUUGGUUUUUCUUUUUUUCAAUAUUAUUAUUACAAUAGUGUGGCCAAAGCUUAUUGUCGGAAGCGUUAUGCAUUUUAGGUUUAGUUUUUCAUCAUUUAUUCGGUUUUCUAGCUUUUUUUUUCAUGUUUUGUAAAAAUAUUUUCGUUACUCGUCAAUUUCGUGUUGGAAUAAUGAGACUUUCAAAUGAGAUGGGAAAAACUUAAACGCAAAAUGUAAAUGUUUUCGAGAUUUUGUGGUUUUUGGAAAACAUGGUAAGGCUAUUUUCGUAGUGUUGUUUGCUGUCAUUUCCACUGCACUUUGAGUUAUUUGCGUUUUGAAAAAUGAAUAUUUCAUUUUGGUUCUUUGCUUACAUUAGUCACUAAUAUUUAUAUUUGUUGUAUAUAUUUUUUCUUUGAUAAAUGUAUAUAAAUUUUUUGUUCUGGUUUUCUUUUGGCGUAACUUUGUGUGAGCUGUGAUUUUUUUUUUUGGUUUUCUUUUUUUUUUUGGUUUUUUUUAAAUCUGCCCAUUCUUGCUUUUUCGUAAAGAAAAUGUUUAAAAAAAAUGUUUAACAAACAGUUCAAUAGGCUUUACACGAAAAAUGAUGUGGCAUUUACUUAUACGUUAUAUAAAUCAAUUGUAAAAUAUAUAUAUUCAUAUACUCGCUUGUUUGAUCUAUGUUAGUUUUGUUGUAUAAUUAAAUAUUGCAUUUGGUUUCGUUGAACGUCUGGACAAUUUUUCAUCUUCGCCGAUUCGUCGAUUUUUUUUUUGUUGGUUUUCCCCCGAUUUUGCAUCUACUUAGUGACAUAAAGUUACAACUAGUAAUAGUAUAUAGCUGUACGUAUUUAAAUAUGAGUGUUUCAUUUCCUUUCUUCAUAUUUUUCUCCUUUGUUUCUGUUCCUUGUGUCGUGAUUUUUGGCCCAAGGACUCGGGGAUUUUUUUGCCCUGCUAAGUAUGCUACAGAAAUGUUCGAAUAAACGAAUAAGGAUCGAAUACAAAUAUUCACUCGCCGAUUGAACGCUAGUUCCUAUAAACCAUUUAUCAUAAUAUCUUUUGUUGUUCUAGUUUGUUUCUAUCCCUUUGACGAAAACCAUUCCUUGCUUUUGUUUUAUAUAAUUUACAAAAAUUUUGAUUUCAGUACCUGAUUGCAAUGGGUUUUUUCGUUUUUCGUUAAUUAUUUUUUUUUUGUUUUUUUUAUUUUUCUUUUUGGUUUUUGGUUUUGCUUAAAAAAAAUACAGACACUUGUAAUUGUUGUUGUUGUUGUUGUUGUUGCUUGCUUUAGACAUAAUUUGAGAUACAAUUCAUAUGUAUACAUAUAGGUAUAUAUUUUGUUCUAGUUUCAUAUUUAGGCCAUAAUUUGUGUUUUGGUUUGAAUACGAAAACGCUUUCAAAAAUUCUACAGGACAUCGUAACUUUCUCCCUCCGCCGCUUGCUUGUUGUAAACUUUAAUAUGUAAAUACACACAAUUAGCUAUGUUUAUGUUUAAAUAUUUGGUUUCCGCUACACUAACGCUUUUGGAACCCAAUGAGCAAAAGUAUCUAAGACAUAACCUGCGUUCUGGAAAAUUGUUUCGCAUUUCUACAUCCGUUUUAGCACUACAAUACAAUUGGUUUCGGUUAUUGUUGCUUUGUAAAUAUAGUCGAUAUAUGUGUAUAAUUAUGAUCAUUGGUUACAAGUACAAGACAUUAAAGGAGGGCACACGAAUCGAAUUUCCUAACAAUUGUUAUUCCUAUUUUCUCAGAGUGUCUAAGGGUUCAAGUGCGACCGAGUUGGCUGAGAUCGAAGUGAAGAAUUUGGGAAUUGGUCUAAUUUGUUAGCCCUUUUUGUUCGUUCACAACCAUGUAAAGAAGUUGGAGGGGAAGCGAGAGGACCAAGAUAAAAGAUCCUUAAAAGCCAAACGAAAAAAGCCUCUAGGGUGCUACACUCGAAAAAAUCAACCCAGAAUGGAAUAAUUCAAAAGUGUAGUUUCCUUUCUCAAGAAUUGAAUACACACAAAUCCUACUUAACAAUGAUAUUCAAACAAUUUGACUUUAGAUUCUAGGACGCCGUAGCUGUGCUGAUUUUUUAAAAAGGUUUUCGAGUGUGUAAAGAGCUAAUAAAAAAUGUUUCGAAAUUAUUUGGAAACCGACAUAAUUUUCCAAUAAUUUGUAUAUCCCCGCAAUUCGUGAACUAUUCGCUGAAUAUAAAGGAGAAGAUUGGAAGUAUGGGCUUUAUACUUUUGUGGAUUUCUGGCAAGGAUUCUCUAGAUGUGUGUGUUGUCGAGUGUAAGUGUGUGUUGACUGAGUUCUUGAAUUUUAUUGCUGUUUACGAUUAAAGUAGUAUCUUGAUUCUAGAUUCUCGAUUCUGUCAAUUGUUAUUGCUUGUGUAAUUGUAAUUGUAAUUGGUAAUUGGUAAUUUGUAAUUGGUAAUUAGUAAUUUGUAAUUGUAAUUGUUUCGCUCCCAUCAAUUUUCUUCGUUAAAUUAAGAAUGAAAACUCAAGCUUUUGUUCUCAAGGUUCAGGUAAUCAAUUUCUAGUCUUAUCUGUUGCACUGAGUAGUCUGCGAUUUUCCUCAUUUUCAUUUGCAAUUUCAAGUUCUUGUUUUUGUUGUUAUACUCUUUGAAGGUAUGUAUACAUAUAUAGGCAUAUGUGUGUGUGUAUAUAUAAUUUGUCAAAUUUGUUACGUCAUUAGUUGGAUAUAAUAAUUGGAACUAUAAAUAUACAUAAGUACGCAUUCGUUCGUGUCAAAAUGAGAACUCAGAACGAUCAACAGAUGAUAAUGGAACCCAGAUUCGGUUCGAUGCUUAUAGAUAAUGUCUUGAGUUGAGUUUGUAGUUGGUAGUUGUUGGUAGUUCGAGUUGAAUUGCUGCAAACUAUAGGAUAAGUUGUAGGUUGUAGUAUUAGAUUCAGUUGCAGUUUUCAAGUUUAGUAAGUUUAGGUAAAUUUGUGGCUGGAUGAAACAGGUUGUUUUGCGUGAGUUGAAUAGGUUUUUGCUUAGGUUGUUUAGCUUAUUUUGGAGUUGUCAAAAGGAUAACUUUCAAUAGCUUUCCCAUCUUAUUGUAGUUUGUCAAUGUUUUUCGGUUUUUCGGUUUUUUAGUUUUUUAGGCUUUUUGGUUUUUUUUUUUCCUUUUGGCUGCUGCAGUGCUAAAGUUAACUCUUAAGUUUUCCGUUUUUAUCAUCGAAGCUUUGAUUUACGUCUCAAUUGCUUUUGGUUUUACUAUAGUUUUGGUCAAGCGGUUUCGAUCAAUUGUUUCUAUCAUUUUGUUGUUUGCUUAAUUGAUUCAAAGGGAAGACAUAACAUUCUAGAAAAAGGUUCCUAACUGAUUUCGGUUUCUCGUAUCCUCGUAAAUAUAUAUAAGUGUAUAUAUUGUAUAUAUUUUGUUCUGAGUAUAAUUUAAAGCAUUCUUAUGUAGUUAAGUAUAUAUAUAUAUAUAUAUUUUUUUUUUACGCGUUUUCUCCCAUUUUUUUUUUCUUGAUGUGUAAAUAUCAAUAAACGUUUUCUACAAUAAGACAUUACAUAUUUCUUGGUGCCACUAUAUUAUAUAGUCAUACGUAUGUAUAUAUAUAAAUAUCCAAGUGAGUGGGUGUGUGUGUGAAGCUGGCCGAAGGACCCCCACCUACUCCUUCGUCCUUCGGCCUAGGCAGAAAGUAUUCCCCAUUCGAAGAGGGGCGUGUUCGAUAAUUACUGGGCCAGUGUUUGGAGGGUGCUAAAGUGCCUGUGUCUUUGUCUGUGUCUGUGCCUUAGGAGCUUGUUUAGGAGCCCUAUGUUUAGAAACUUUUGUACCAGGCCUUCGAAGACUCGAAAACUCGAAAUUUCGAAAUCUCGAACUCGUUUGAACGAACCCUUGGGAAAGGACUUUCAACAUUUUCGUGUAAAAAGCACAACGAAACAAAUGUUUGUUCUACCCACAUUCUGCUUGCAUAUUGUGUUUUCUUUUUGUUGUUGUUUUAGGAAUGACACGCCCUUAACUUACAUAUCCAUAUAUAAUAUAAUAUAUUUUCAUAUAUAAUUUGUUUGUAUUAGUUUUUAUAAGACAACAUUCAAACACUUAAGAUGCUUCAUCGAGUUAAUAAAUAUUUUUUUUCUUGUUUUUUUUGUUCGUUUUGUUUUUUUUAUCGUUUGUUAAAAUAUCAAAAGUGGAUGGAAUUAUGUGAUUCUAGUUAUUACACGCACUAUUUAUGUAUAUAUAUAUAUACAUAUAUAUAAGUUAUAUAUAUAUGUCGUUCCUUGAUAAUACAAUUCAUUUGUCAUGCUGCCUGAAAAAAUUCGGACCAAAUUUCGGUUUUUUUGGGGAUCUUGAAGUUUCUCACGUGCUUGUUAAAUAUACAAAAAUAUCUGUAGAUACCUUUUGCCGUAAAAUGGUGUGUAGAUAUAAUUGUUAAAUGAAACCAUUUUUGCAAAAAAGUUACAAAAUCAGGAUUUCUCUUUGGGAGGAUGGCUGAGUGCUAAAAAUUCAAUUGAAUAUAGUUCAUUCGCUUCAUGGCACAAUAUUCAAUAAAAUAUUGUCAGCUCGAAAAUGGAUAUUCGAUUAAGAUGAAGAUUGCUGGCAGAGUGUUCACGUAAUUCGAAUCGAAAUCGAAAUCAGAAUCCAAAUCAAUGCUUCAGAGUUAUCAAUCGUAUGAGUUUCGAUAAAGGUACUGUUACUAUUUAGAAUGCUAUCUUUGUUCUUAUAAUGCUUUAUUGUAUAAUUGGUUCAAAAGUUCGCUCAGUGUAGGCAUAUGUGUGUUCCUUACUCCUUAUUCCAUUGCUGUGGGGAAAUCGGGGUCACCAAACGCAGGAAUCGGGGUCACAAGCAGUUCUCGUUUCAAAGAACUCCAAACACAUUGAAUUUCAACUAUUUUGCCAAUUAAUGAAACACAAAAAAAAAGGAUAUGUCGUUGGUUUUUUUCGGGGGUUUGCUUGGAUUUCGAGGUCACCAAACUAAUUCUAGCAAUUUUCGUAUCUAGUUUUUAACUAUCGUAAAAAAUUGCUCAAACUUUUGACUAAUUUUGGAAAAAAGCGUCCAAACAACUUAUUGAAAGCAACAUAAAGAUAUGUCUAAGGUUUUCGGGGUGUACGGCUCAACAAAUGAAUAUUGUCAAUAUUUGUUUUACUAUCCUCGUUCGCUUCUCAAAACUUGUAUAAUAUUUGUAAACGCUAAAUUGUAUAUUUUAUAAAUUAUUCAAUACGUACAUACAUAUAUGUAUGUAAAGCAUAUCAAAGCAAAACACACACACACACGCGCAUCAAAAAUAGUUGUGAGAAAUGGGGGUUUCCAAAAUCAAAUAAAUUAGUUAUAUCAUCGAUCUAAGACUAUCACAGGCGGGAGGGGGCUGGGUUCUAUCCGAAGGGUUGAUGCACAGGAGUAACCUGCUCUGAUCUCGGGGACAUACUCGUAUAUGGGGUGCUGACACAGGGUAUAUAUCAUGUCUACCAUAUCCGAAUAUACGCAUAUGUAUCUGAGUUGUGUUCGAGUUAGAGUUUGAGUUGAGUUUGAGUACGAGUUUGAGUUUGAGUACGAGUUUGAGUUUGAGUUGAGUGUGUGGCAUGCAAGAGUUCUUACUUAUCGUUCGUUAAAUAGUCUGCCGUUUGCGAGUAAAAUGGUAAAAGGUGUAAAAAGCCUAAGGAGUACAGUCAGCAAAAAUGGUAUAAGUUGGUUUCUGUAGUUCACAUAGUAAUAAGUAUGUAAAUAGUUUAAAUCUGCGCCUUCCCGUUCGCUAAAUACUAUAUAUAUAUAUAUGUAUAUAUGUAUGUGUAUAUUAUUAAGUGUGUAAAGUUUGCCUAACACAAAUCAGAGUCGAUUGAAAAGGUCACAAGGGUCAGAUGUGGAUAGACGAACAAUUAGCUUGGUUCUAGAGGAACAUUUACAUAUGCUUUUGCCUUUAUCUUUGCCUUCGUUUAAUUAAAUCGCAUUAAUCAUUAUUGGUGUUUGCCCUUAACCCUUGUGCUACAAACUAAACGCUGCCCUACAAAAGAAACGAAGAUACAAAUACACAUGUCUCUUGUAAAUUUGUUUAAAUCAUUUGUGUUUUGGUGUUGUCCUUAGUUUCGCUUCCAUUUUAAUUUCAAUUUCCGUUUCCGGUUUUCUUCCUUUUCUUUGUUUUUUGGUAAAAUUCCAUUUGUUCGAGUUGCAAUAUACACAGUGGCUACAUUUUUGGCGCCCACUGUCCAUAUGAAAUAUAUAUGUGUAUAUAUAUUCGCUUAGUAAAUUUUAAGUUAAUUCAAUUUUUACUUCUGAGGCAGCUUUUUUAGUGUUUUGUUUGUUUUUCGGUCGUCCGUUCUCAAAGGAAAUUCAAAAAUCCUUGUUGAAUAGUACUGAGUAAACAUAUAUCGCUUCGAACCGCUCGAAAAAAUGUUUGCUGUGCCUUAAGUUUGCUCAUUUCUUACAUCGUUUCUUAUUUUGUUUUUUUUUUUUUUUUGUUCGUUUUUGUUUUUUAUUGUAUUGCACUCUGUAUGUUUUUAGUUUCAUUAAAAUGCCCAACAAUUGUAUUUUGUUAUCGCUUUGGUUGCUUAAAGGGAGAUUGUUUUGUUUGGUUUGUUAUGCUUUCGUUUUUAACUAUACAACAUCAAAAAUAACUCACAUAAAAUUCAUUCAACAUCUUAUCGUUUAGGCUAAUUUACACAUGUAUAUGUCAUGUAUAUAUCAUGUAUAUAAGGUGUAUAUAAUUCAUAAAACAUUCUAAUGGUAAUAUGUUUGUAAGUUUUGCGUUUCCUUCGUCGUCGAACUGCUGGAAAACCGUGUUUUACAUUUUCAUAUUUCAUACCCUUCAUACAUUUCAUACUUUUCAUCGAUUCAUCAAUUGAUUUUCAUCAAGAUCCGUAGUCGUAGUCCUAUAUAGGUAGUAUAUGUAUAAAUAUCGUUAUUCGUUAUCGUUAUCGUACUCGUAAUCGUAAUGCAAUACAAUAAGUUGACUGUAUAUUUGGUGCCCAAAAAUAUUGUUGUGUUCCUGCACUCGACCCCAAAAAUGUUUCCCUCUAUUUUUCUGCACACUCUGCUUAGCUUACAAAAUAUCUGCUUAUGGAUUACAAAUCGUAUCUGGUUUUUGGUUUUCGACUUUUCCACUAUUCAUUUUACAUUGUUUAAUUCGCAUUAUUCAUUCGCAAUCGCAUUCGCAUUUGCAUUUGCAUUUGCAUUUUUGUUUAAAGCCAUUUGACAACACAGGGAAUUUGUUCGUUUUUUUAGGUUUAUUGGGUUUGCAUUGCGUUUGCUUGAAAUGUCGAUUAUUUGUUCUCUAUGGGAAUAGGGACUGGAUAUAAACUAUGCGUAUUUUGUAUUUGGAUUGGGUUGCUAGCACACCUCGUUCUUUGGUUUCUUCCUUACAUCGUUGUCUGAUUUAUCUGUCUUAGUGGUGUGGCAAAGUUUCUUGCAGUGUAGCUCGCUCCGAUCUGGAUUCUCCUGCCAUCUAAAUUGGUAUCUAUACACUAAUAUAUAUACUCGUAUGUUACUUAAAAAUUUGCCAAGGCGCGGAAAAGUUUUCGGUUUCUAUUGGUUUUUUUUUUUGUUUUUGUUUUUGUUUUGGUCAUAUCUUAAUUCGAAUAUACAUGUAUAUAUAUAUAAUUUGUUAUUAUUAUCGAGCUAUGUAUAAUUGUGUUGUUUAUUGUUAAUUGUGUAAAUUUUGUUUUCCAUAAUAUUCGCUACACAUAAAAAUGUUGGUUUCAUUUGCUUCAUUUCUUCGGCUUCUCGAACGCCUCCGUAGUUCUGCACUUUUUUUUUUGAACAACCCCAGAGACAAUUUAUUUGAAUCGGCAUUACUUGCUAUGUUAUUAUUGCUCUAUGGUUCUAAGACUAGUACUUAUAUCGGAUAUAUCGGUAUACCCGUAUAUCGGUAUGCCAUCUUGUUUCGCUUGAUUUCGCUACUAGUUAGUGUUAGUUUGUUAAUUUGUUAAUUUAAGUUGUUUGGUUUCGUUUGCGCUGAGAGAAAUUAGGAAGUUGGUUUUUCAUGUUCAUUAGCUUAGUUUCUGGUUUCCUUGUUGUUCGGCUUUUGGUUUUUUGUUUGGUUUUUCGGUUUUAAAAUUCUAGAAAAAUAAAAGCUUUCUAAUUGCUUCUGUUUUCAUAUGGUAUCCUGCCGCUUAGCUCCCUCGCAUAUCCUUUUUCCCGAUCCUAGCUUCCUUCUGGCCCAAAACACGAAAAGCUUUUAUUCGUUAUCGUUAUCGUUUUCGUUUUUGUAUUGCAAUUUGUUGUUACUAACUUGGUUUUGGUUUUCGUUUUGUUUUUGUUUUCGGUUUUGUUUUUGGUUUUGGUUUUGGUUUUGGUUCGCUAUAAACUAGUAAAUAUGCAUGUAUAUAAUUUUUGUAUCCAUUAUUUGGUUUUGUCGGUUGUCAAAAAAGGACUCACUAAAUGUUACAGCACAUCAAUAAACAAUUUUUCCACUAUCCUUAUCGUUUCUCAUUUGUCUAUCAUGGAUCAUGGCACUAUAGUUUUAGUUUCUGUGUGAUGUUUCCUCUAUAAGACAUAUGCGCUUAGAUAUAUAUUCAAAAACACUACACGCCCAUUCGCACGCACCAAACACACACUGACAAAAAAUGGUGAGCAACAAUCGAUCGAAGUAAACCAUAUUGGUGUGUAAAAACGAAAUCGAAAAACCAAUCCCUAUUAUGGUGUAUAAAUAUCGGCAUAGUGUGUAAACAUUAUGCAAAAAACUCACUUUCUCAAACUCAUUUUCUUAUUUUCUUAUUUUGUUUUUGGUUUUCUUCUUCUUUUUUUUCGUUCGUUUGGUUUUUUGGUAGCAUAGUGUAAAUAAUUCCCAGUGAUAUGUACGCAAAUUUAACACAACAACUCGACCAGGGAGUUUUUUUUUUUUUACAUCGUUAGCCUCUCUUGUGGUUUUUGUCAUUUGUUUUUUGUUAGGAUUCUACACAUUUUCUAAACAUUAAGAUCAAGCGAAAAGCAUUAAAUGGUCGAUGACUUAAAUGCAAUAUCUGAACAGAGAUUUGUUAGGCAAGAGAUAUAUGUAUGUAAAUGCUUAAAAGUUAAAUGAAAAAUCAAGGACUAAAUGUUCAGUAUAUUGUUUCAUAAAUUCUUUUUGGCUCGCUUUUAUUUCUGGAGUUUUACAAAGUAAUAAGGGGCGUACAAAUUUCCAGAUUUUCACAUUAAAUUACUUUUCAAUCCCUGGUUUUUCUAUAUUUUAAUUUACCUACAUAUUAAUAUAUCGUUCACAUAAUUCACAUAAGCUGAACACAACUCAAUUUUAUCAACAAUUGUUUCGUGAGUGUUAAGUUGUUACACAGAAAUGCUAAGAUGCUAAAGUGAAAUUAUAGUAACUAAAGCGUAGAAAUACAUAAAUAAUGUUGUAGUACAUAAAUAGUAAAUCAUAAACUUGAGGAACUUGUUUUCUCAUUUCAUAGCAGGCAAAUCAAAUAGUUACUUAGUUUAUUAGUUCUUUAGUUCUUUUCGUGGUUUUUAGUAUUAGUAUAAGGUAAAAUGUUUUACUUUGUCGAACAAAUUGCUAGAUCGAUUUUAAACGUGUUUAAUUGAUUUGCUUGCUUUUAGAUUCGAGUUUUUCAUUAUUAUUCUGCUGUUCUUCCAUUUUUCGAUAAUAUUUGGUUUUUUUGCUUUUCGUAUUUUGUUUUUAUCAUUUAGUUUUUAGUUUUUAGUUUGUCGUGUGUGUAUUGUAAACUUGCUUUUGAUUACAUAUUGGUUGUGGUUGCUGUUGGUUUUCGUUCAGUUUCCAUCGCUUAAUGUUAUUUAUGAUUUAUCCAUAUAAUAUAUAAUUCUUUUUGUUUUGGUAAUUGAUUGCUUGUCGUUUAGUGUUUCAUUUUUUUGUUAUUUCUUAUCAACUUGACAUGUGAUCUUCGUUCUACGCCCGCAAAUAAAUCCCAAAAAAGUGUUCUGCUUUCAUUUAAAAAGUGUUGUUUUUGGUUUUUUAUGUUUUUUGGUUUUGACCUACUGGAAGCCGAGUUACAUAACUCCACUCGGUUUCAACUAACUUUACCUCGAAUUUCGGUUUCCCAUCGAUUCCGUUUUGUUUGUCUAUAAUAAGGCGAAAAAUAUCAUCAAAAAAUUGACGUACACUAGAUUGUAUUUCUGUUGUUCAUUUUUCAUUUAUCAUUUUGUUUUUUUUCUAUCAAUUAUUGUUUUACAUAUAUGUAAGUAUAUGUACGCAUGUAUAAAUAAUUUAGUAAAUUUGUUUUGUUUUUGGUUUCUUGUUUUUCGUUUUUGUUUUUGUUUUUGUUUUCCUCGAACGUCUCCGCCUUUUGAAUUGGGGACUGUCUAUAUAGGUUGAGUUCCUUAACUUGAAUGAGUUCUCUGGAGCAGAGGCCCUUACAAAAUGUACUUCGCUUUAAAUAAAAUACGUAAUAUAUUUGUUUUGUUUUGUUUUGUUUUGUUGUUGGUUUUGUAUAUGUCUGCUUGUAUAUGUAUAUAUAGAUAUAUGUCUUGUUAUACAUUUAUAUUAAAAUAAUUUGAUGUAUAAAGCGUUUGUUUGGGUUCUUUUUUAUCCUUGUGGUUUUUCUUUUUCAUGCUUUUUUCAUACUUUCAUUACCUUCGAUUUAUGUUACUUGUGGCUCUUGUCUCGGAAUUGAACUAAAUGCAAGUAUGAUACACGUCGAAUUAACAAUUACUGAACUGGGCAAACCAUGAGGGGCGGGGUGGGGUGUUUGCUGGUGUUUGCUGGUGUUUGAAGGUGCCUGUGGGUGGUGACUGAUGGCGGGGUGGAGUGGGUGGUGUUGGAGCAGGAGGCGUUGUGUGCUCGUGUUUGUGUGUGUGUGUGUGUUUAGCUAAGCCUUCGUGACCUUGACUCAUUUGAUUGUAAACAUAUACUCGAAUCUACACAUCUGCACGCUCAAUAUGUAUAUGUAUAUAUGUUUAGUGGUUUAUGCCUUAUAUCCGCACGAAGUUCGUUUGGUUUUACUCUUUUGUUUGUAUUAAGCGUCGCAUCGAGGAACAAAUUAUCCAACAAAUCCAGCUUCAAAUACUUCGAUAUACAUACAUAAUCGUUAAUUGUUUAUCGGUUAUCGUGAAUCUUGAAUCUUGAAUCCUUAGCAAUUAGUUUUUACAUUUACUGGCUUGUCUUUUGAGCAAAAGUCUCAAAAAUAUCUCCCUUUUGUUUUUGCAAUUCAUUUCGUUUAUUUUGACCACAAAAAAAUAACAAAAUUAAUACACUUGACCAAACUAAUAAAAUAAUUAUCGUAAAAAUAAGGUGGACAAUAUUCAAUAUGCUACCAUUUUAAUAAAUCUAAAUGGUUCUCCGCUCUUCGAAUUUUCCACAUCGAUUGUAUAAAAAAUCUUUGGCAGCAUCUUUAUUAAAAGGUUCGUCCUUCAUUCGCUUGAUUUCUCGAUUUGAUCUCGCCAAUUCUCGACAAUACAUAUAGAAUUCAUUAUAAUAAUAAAAAUAAUAAUAAUAAUAAUCAAAAAAAUAGUAAUAGUAAUAGUAAUAAUAUGCGUGUGUCGAUUGGGAAUAAACAUAACUAUAUCGAGAGUGAUUGAGAAACAUGUGUGGUGUCCUUGUUGUCUGUGUAAAUUUGGAUAUUUCCUAAUUAGUUGUACACGCUUUACUUUCGUUUUACUUUCGUUUUACUUUCGUUUUACUUUCGCUGAGUUACAAUAAAGUGAAGUAAAACCAUAAAGUACGGGGAAGUCGAAUCGAAAGUUAGUGUACAUAUAUAUUGGAUACAAGUGUAGAUAAACUAUUGAUGUAUAGAGUUGAGGUGGAAAGCUUUCACUUUGUCACAUUUUUCAGCGUAGGCAACUAAGAAAAUUCUUCUCUCACUUCUCACUUUCUCAUCGCUUUUCAUCGUACAUUUGUGGUUUUUAUUGCUUUUAUGCAGCUUCGGCAUUGAAAACUAGAGCGCAGUGGGUAGCGGGGGGGCGGAGAAGGGGGUGGGAGGGCGGCCUUGGUCAAUUUGUGUCAGUCGGUGUUAUUUGUUAAAUGGUAAUUGUUAAAUGUAUUUGUUAAUUGUUAAAAUUUAAAUGGCAAUAUGUCCAAAUCUGCGUCCAAUCCCUUUAGUUAUAAUUACUAUUGCUUCGGUUUGGGUUUCGCUUCCAUUCAAUUCGAUUUGGGCUGGUAAUUAGUAGUAAGUAAUUAGUAAUUGGUAAUUAAUAAUUAGUAAUUAGUAUUUGUCGCUGACUAGUGGUAGUACCGCCCCUCUCCUGGCCACGCCCCCCUUCUGGGCCAUUCGCUAAUCGUACAUAACUGUAUACAUAAUACGAAUAUAUACAGGUGUGUAAAUAUAUGUAUAUAUGUAUAUAUAUAUAUAUAUAUGUAUGUAUAUAUUUUCGCUAGAAAUCCUAUAGUUUAUACGUAGUUAGUAAAAUGUUAUCGUCGUUAAGUUGCGUAAUCUCAACUAAAUUGUAAAUUUGAUUUAAACUUAAGCACAUUUAUGUUUAUUUGGUUUUUCACUUUUAAAAUUUGUAUGCCAUAGGAAAUAAAUUUGUUGUUUUCGUCGUUUUGUGUGUUUGGUGUGGAAAAGUUGUUUGUUUUCUUCUUUGUUUUUUGUAUUUUUUUUUUGUUGUUUUUCUACUCAAACGCAUCGCAUAAAAAUCAUAUACAAUUUUACUUAAUAUCAUUUGCUUAUUCAACCUAAAACUUAAGUUAAAAUUCAUAAUUCAUAAUUUAUAAUUUUCGUUAAAGCAACAAUUGACUUUUUCCAUUUUGUGGUUGUUCAACAAAGAGAGAGAAAUAAAAAUAAAACACAAAAUUAAUAUAGUAAAUGUAACCUCUUUAUGUUGUGAUCGUUUAGUUUAUAAAAUAAAAGCGUGUGGAAUUACAAUUUCAUUUGAGGGCUUUCCAUAAAAACUAUAAACAAAUGUAAAAUGGUAUUUUUAUUGGUUUUGUUUCGUAAUGUUGUUUUGUAUUUCUAUAACAGUUUUCGAGUUUGGUUUUCUUGAUUAGGUUUUUACAGAAAUCCCGAAAUUCCGAAAUUCCAGAAUUCAGAAAUUCCGAAAUUUUAUUGACUAAGACAAAAACAAAGACAGAGAAUUGGGAAACAUGAAAUUUAAAUCGUAAUUAGAAACAAUCAAGUAGCUUGCAGCACAGUGAAGUAACAAGUUAAGGGUAAAAAAGUAAAAGGUAAAAAUACAAAUACAUAUACAAAUACGAUUAGGAUUAAAAACAAUUCUUUUGGUAUACUUUGCAUUUGAGUGUUUCCAUUGUCUUUAGCAAAAUGUUUCAUCUUAAUACUUCCGUAGUUAAUGCAGCGCGACCAAAUUAAAAGUAUUUAUGCGAAAAUGGAAAGGAAGUUCAGGUGGUUUAAGGAAAGUUGGACCGAAAUCCUGGCGAUUUCGCGGUAAAUUCAAUUCAAUAAUAUAACAUUUGCUUUGGGGGGCCUAAGUUGUAAUAAACGAAAUGCGAAAACGUAAUUAAAUUAAAAAUUAUAUAUUUCAACAGCCAAAUUGUUUCACAAUAAAAUUGCAUUUUUUACCCUCUCUCUUUCUCUCUCUCUCUCUAUCUAUUCAUCUCUCUCUCUUUCGAUCUUGCUCACUAUCCUUUUCAAUUUGAAAGAUCCUCUCAUCUACCAUCAACAACUUUGGGGUACAUAGUGUUAAAUAUAAUGUGUAUAGUAAAAUGGUCAUAAUUUCAGUGGUAUAACAUAAACAGAAGCGUUUCACAAUGGUUUUCGCAGUUGUUGUUAUUCAUAUAGAAUACACUAAGUCAUAAUCAUGUAUACAGAAUUGUGUGUGUAGCCUCACAAUGUAACAACGUAAAAACUAAACAAUAAUAAUAAUCGUAAUGACAAUAGUAAAUGAUUAUCAAGCAAAUGGUAGGACUUACGCAAUCUCCCAUGGGUCCAUUUGCUUGGUAUUUAGUACAACUCAACAUUUAACAUAAACCAAACGCGUUUUUUGUAUGCCUUUGUGUCGUGUGUGGUUGUUUAAACUAGGCUUAUAAAACUAGCAAUUAAAAUUAGAAAAAUGACAAGAUUUAAAACAGUUUUCUUCGCUCCGCGCCGCAUUGUGGUACACAAAUGCAAAUGAUGGGGGUCUAACAUAACUUGCUGCUGUUUAAAACAUUAAAAAAGGAAUCGAAUAGUUUCGAACACAACUAACAGGAUAUCAUAUUGUUCACAAUACAAAGGAUUCGUUUCGUUGUUAUGCAUAAUGCGUGGGUGAGUAUGGGUGUGUAUAUGUUUGUGUUUGUGGGUGUGUGUGUGUGUGUGUGUGUGUUAAUGUAGAUGUACAUGUAGAUGUUGAUAUAUAAUAAAUGUGGUUGUUACAGCCUAUAAAAAAUAAGUUGCUUGCUUCGCUUUGCUUUCUCGCCCAACUUCGUCUAAAUAAAUCGCCACUUGUUGUUCUCUACCUAUCGCCUCUCACAUGAUAAAAUUCACACAAUUAAAAAAUGUUAUUUUGUAUAUAGAUAAAUAAUAAUGUCUUGGGAGUAAACCAGCCUUAUAUUGUAUUACAACGGGAAAGAAAUGUUGCAUGUAUCCGUACAUAUAUAUCAUCUUAAAUGGUUGUCUAUAUCUUCUAUAUAAAUCGUGAGUGUUUCGGGUGUUGUUUUUGUUUUGUUUUUGUGGUGUAUGUGAGUGUGUGUAUUCACGUGUGUGUACAUAUGUCGAUUACAUGCGCACGUGUAUUGCAUUUGUUGUUUGUAUAUAAGCAAAAGGAAUAUCGUUUGUUUUUUGUGUUUUUGCUUCUUUAACAAUGUAUAUAAGAACUUAACAGAUACGUUUAUCUCUGCUCUGUAGGUUUUCUUAAACGCUUUCUUGUUGCUGUUGCUGUUUCAGUUUCUGUUGUUGUUUUGGUUUUUGUUGUCUCUGAUUUAUUAGUUAUUAUAGAUAGUUGUUGGCCUAAUGCGAUCUGCAUUCGUUUUGUUUGGUUUGUUAGCUUACAGAUUAAUUUGUAUGUUGAGUUGUUGUCUGUAGUUCAUGUCGGAUCUCUGGCGUGAAGAACGUACUUAGUUGAUACAUAUCGAAUGUAUUCUCUGGAUCUCUAGAUCUCUGGAUCUAUGGAUCUCUGGGUCUCUGGGUAUCAUAUAUGUCGUGUGUUGUGGUGUGGUGUGUGUUGCCUCCAUUCGUCCCGUCAUCCUCCGUCCUCGCUAUCCCUAUAUGUCUAACUCCCUACUCUCCUCGUUCUGCUUUGUAUAUUAUAUGGCAAAGUCAUAUAGUCAUAGGAUUUCACAUAUAUGUUUAAGAUAUAUAUA